AUGAACCGGACGGUCCGGACCGCCCUCCUCUCGGCUCUGCUCUCUCUGCUGCUGGCUAUCGCCGCGGCCCAGCCCGGCCAGAACAACAACGAGCAGUACCAGUACGCCCGCUUCAGCCCGUCGAUGGCUAUAAUCAUUGUGGUCCUCAUCGCCGCCCUCUUCUUCAUGGGCUUCUUCUCCAUCUACGUCCGCAACUGCUCCGACAGCUCAUCCACCCGCGGCCCCGCCGGCAGCAUCCGCCGAGCCCUCUCCCGCCGAGCCGCCGCCGCCCGCGGCCUCGACCCCUCCGUCCUCGAGACCUUCCCCACCUUCACCUACGCCGAGGUCCGCCACCACAAGAUCGGCAAGGACGCCCUCGAGUGCGCCGUCUGCCUCAACGAGUUUCAGCCGGAGGAGACCCUCCGCCUCAUCCCCAAAUGCGACCACGUCUUCCACCCGGAGUUCCGGUCGCACUCGACGGGGCACUCAUUGCCGGCGGCGGUGGUCCAGCCGGGGGAGAACCUUGAGCGGUUCACACUGAGGCUGCCGGAGCAGGUGAGGAAGGAGGUGAUGGACCGGGCCGAGCUGAACCGAACCGGGAGCUGCGCGGUUCCCGGCCUGCCACGUGGAGGGAGCUCGCGUUCGAACAGGGGGAGGUCGUACCGGAGGAUAGAGCGGGAGGGAAAGUCCGACCGGUGGCUGUUCUUCUCGAGGGGGAUGUCGAUGAAGUUGCCCAAGGUGGUGGCGGAAUCCGGCGAGGGAAGUGGCGGAGGAGGAAGCCGGGCGCCGGUCAAGAUGCCGUCCUUCAGGUGCCUGGAGCCGAAGGCGGUCGACGAGGCCGGCCUGUUUUCGGCUGAAGCGGACGCGAAGUCACCGGUUUAG